AUGGCUGCGAUGCAUCGCUUCGCCGUGCUGCUGCUAGCCGUAGUCGCGGUAUGCCACGUCAGCCACGUCUCAGCACUCAAACCUGGAGAAGUGGGGCGAGCCAUUGACUUCAUCGGGAAGCGACCGGAAUACAAGGCAAUCCACAAAUUCAUCGACGAUUAUUUGAAAUCUCUCAUUCCGCUGACCGACCUGACCAUUCUGCUGCCCGCCAAUAUCGCCCUGCUUCGCAACUACACCAAGGACGAGCAAACAACAAUUCUGUCUUACAACACAAUAGCGACGCGCUACCUCUUCCACAAUCUCACCGACAUGCCGGCCGGAACGGAGCUAGACACUCUCGAGGGAAACAUGGUCACGAAGCGCGGCCCCAAGGGCCGGCCGACCGUUAUAUUCAAAGGCGCGGCGAAACUACCGAGCGUGCUGGCGGUGCCGAACCUGUGGGUUGGUACGGACUUUACGAUCCAGGGCACGAGCACACUGCUCAUCCCGCCGGAGCUUCUGACGCCCGAGGCUGACUCCAUCCGCGGUGCGGUCAGAGGAACUCUCCGCGGUACAGUUGGGUUCGCUUUGGAUGGCGCUGGUGCUCUUUCGAAGCCGUUUGCCGCCCGCCCUUAG